AUGGUGGAGAUCUUUUGUGGUAUCUGCGAAGGGAGAUGCCUAAGGUCCUUUCAUGCAACUAAAAGGCAUCGUAAGGAUACUAGGUGUGAAUCUCUUGGCUUUACCCAGGAUGAAGUAGAUGUGAUGCCAAUUUUCUUCUGCAAGAACUGUGAAUAUAAACAGCAUCAGUGCUUUGCUUGCGGGAAGCUAGGAUCCUCUGAUAAAUCUUCAGUUGCUCAGGUCUUCCGCUGUGUUUCUGCAACCUGUGGUCAAUUUUACCAUCCACACUGUAUUGCACAACUCAUUUAUCAAGACAACAGAGUUACUGCUGAAGAGCUUGAGAAAAAAAUUUCUAUGGGGCAAUCUUUUACAUGUCCAAUUCAUAAAUGCUGCGUUUGUAAACAAGGAGAGAAUAAGAAAGAUCCCGAGUUGCGGUUUGCUGUAUGUAGGCGUUGUCCGAAAUCCUACCACAGGAAAUGCCUACCAAGUGAGAUUGUAAUUGAAAAAAUUGAGAAAACAGAGGAAGACGAAGAAGAGGACGAGGAAGAAGAGGAAGACGAAGAAGUGGAAGACGAAGAAGUGGAAGAUGAAGAAGAUGAAGACAUAGAGGGUGAAGAUGUAAUAACAAGGGGUUGGGAUGGUCUAUUGCCUAACCGUGUACUAAUAUAUUGCCUGAAACAUGAGAUAGUUAAAAGAAUUAAAACUCCAAUAAGGGACCACUUAAAAUUCCCUGAUGUUAAAGAAAAGAAGACUGGUCUUGUAGAGAAAAAGAGAAAGUGGGCAGCAGAGUCCUUUUUAGAUAGAGAGAAAUCUGUUACAAAGAAGAGAAACCUUGCAUCUGAAGAAUUCUAUAGGGGUAAAACUGCUCAUACAAUAUCUAAACAGAAGCUGAAGUCACCUUGUGCUGUAAAAGUGGGCGGCAGCAGAACUACUGAAAAAGUACCUUCUGGGUUGGAUAUAUCAAGAAGGGUGAAAGUAAAUAGUUCUUUGAAAAAGGAAAUUAAGACUUCCGUGGCUGAGGAGAGGAAGUCCUCAUUCAGUGAUAUUCUAUUUGCCCAUGUGAAGGGGUCUGAGCAAGUGAAGUCAGGGAAGCAGGGUAAACCUGAUGGUGAGCGUAACUCAGCAGUAGUUAAUCUUGCCCCUAAAAGGUUGAGCAGCGCACCACCUUCUUUAGAUGCAGCUACAAAGAGAAGAGUAUUGGCUCUAAUGAAAGAUGCUGUGUCUUCAAUAACUUUGGAAGAGGUUAAAAGAAAGCAUAAAGUUCCUUCGACUCAUGCAUUGUCGUCCAGAAAUGCUGUGGAGAGGAACAUUACACUUGGAAAGGUGGAAGGCUCAAUUGAGGCUGUUCGAAUGGCGUUACGGAAACUAGAGGAAGGAUGCAGUACUGAAGAUUUAGAGGCUGUGUGUGCACCUGCAAUGAUUAACCAGAUUUAUAAGUGGAAGAACAAGCUGAGAGUCUAUCUUGCACCAUUUUUGCAUGGAAUGCGCUACACCUCCUUUGGUCGCCAUUUUACAAAGGUGGAAAAAUUAGAAGAGAUUGCUGAUAGGCUCCAUUGGUACGUAAAGAAUGGAGAUACGAUUGUGGACUUCUGUUGUGGUGCUAAUGAUUUCAGCAUCAUAAUGAAGAAAAAGCUUGAAGAGACGGGGAAGAAGUGCUUUUACAAAAACUAUGACAUCAUUCAACCAAAGAACGAUUUCAAUUUUGAGAAGAGAGAUUGGAUGACUGUUCAACCAGAGGAGUUACGGACAGGGUCACGAUUGAUCAUGGGGUUGAACCCUCCUUUCGGAGUUAAAGCAACUUUGGCUAACAAGUUUAUCGACAAGGCUCUCGAGUUCAAGCCAAGGAUUCUUAUUCUAAUUGUUCCACCAGAUACUCAAAGGUUAAACGAAAAGAAUUCGCAUUAUAAUCUAAUUUGGGAGGAUGAGCAGUUUCUGUCAGGAAAGUCAUUCUAUCUCCCUGGAUCUGUUGAUCAGAAUGACAAACAAAUGGAGCAGUGGAAUGUGAGGCCACCUCCACUCUAUCUUUGGAGCCGUCCUGAUUGGUCUGCUGAGAACAAGGCUAUAGCAUGGGCACAUCUCUGCAUCACCACCAGUGUUACAUGAAAACAUUGCCAAAUCAACAACUCUGCACCACUUCCCCAGCUCUAGGCAUUUUCAUCACAACAUUCCCAAAUUCACAAACAAUUUCUAAGCGUUUCAGCUAGGUUCUGUUUCCCAGCCAAUGGCUCAUGAAGGUUGUGCAAAUCUUUUUCAUUGGUCAACUGUUGAGUCAUGUAAGGAUCAAGUGGCCUUAUUCCAAUUACAAAAUUAAGAAAUUGAAUUUGCAUUUUUGUUUUGGAAAAUAAAU